UUCAUAUAUCAAAUUUGAGCAAAAUUCGUGAGGUAGCCUGACCAUCUGUUUCUAAAUUUGCACGAUCCUUACGGACUAUUACACUUAUAUUUUGUUUUUAAAUUUAUUCAAGAUUUCUUGGAAGUGUGAGCGCCACGCCAAAAUGCAAUUCUUUCUUGGAAAUGUGAAUUGAUUACAGAGGUCAACUGUCUCUCUCGCCUUUCUUUGCGAGUAUAAGUUCGUAACGACACCAAUUUGUAUUUUCUUUCUAGUGUUUGUUCGACAGUGGUUCACGAAAACAGAAAGCUCUACGUCCUGUAUUGAUAUUACGAGAAUUAAGAUGGACGGUACAGUGUUAGGACUAAUUAUAGCUAGUGUGAUCGUUGCCAUUCUUUCAGUUUUCAUCUUUUGGUGGUGCUGCAUUAAGAAGAAGGAGAAGGAAGUYAUUUUGGUCAAGAGAUGUGACCAAUCAAGUACAUAUGAAAUCGAGAAUCAUAUUAUAAGCAAACUUAAGUCACGUGUGCGGUUCUUGGAGAAAUCCUGGAACCGAGGUCUAGAUGAUAGAGAUCAACCUGUCAUUGUGUUUUGUACCAUUUCUUCACGGAUUGGUACAGACAUCGAGAACGCGAUGAGAGGAGUGCACGGCACAAGCCCUGUGAUCCUAGUGUUGCUGCACUCUGUUCUUAGCAAUUUGUUAGGAGACCGCGAUUUGUCUGGUGACGAAGAACUUUUGGAUUCCACAAUGCUAAAAAGAAUGACAUGCAUCGCUCACUUUGCAUUCUCUGUCGGUGAGGGGCUUUACGACUGUCGUCAGAACGAAAAGGGGCAUCAAAAGUUGGCUUCUCGUGUCAAGAAGUUGUCUCGCAAUAGUGUACAACCUUUAAAUAAAAGUUAGGUAAGGACUGUAGGUAAAUUAAUGACCUUUCUCAGUCCAUGCUUUGAACUUUGAUCAAACGAGAAGCAAUAUAAACCAGCUUCAUUGGUGAAUAUAGCAGUAGGUAUGAAAGGCCCAUCGAUUCCCAUCCCUCCUCAAUUUUCAGGCAGGGAAACUUCAAAAUUCUAUUUAAUGGGCGAAACGUUUGGUUUACCCCCUGAGUCGUUAUAUCUAUGACACUACUUUUCUUCAGGGGUGCCUCACCUCAUUUGAAUCUUAUAGGAUCCUCCCCUGAAAUUUCGGGACGGAGAAAUCAUUGUUAGGGAAUGCAGAAAUAAGUAUUGCCAAGGAAAUCGUUAUACUGAAACAUUGGCCAAGAUAUCGAUAAUCUGCCGAAUACACCGAAUGUAUUUUAGUACAAAUUAUGUGUUUAAAAAAAUCACCUUUAAGUUUUCCAAAAGUUACAGGUCCACAGUAAAAACAUUAAUAAAUAAAAAGGACAAUUUUAGUGCGUAAAUAUUAAUGUUGGAAAUAUGAUCUCAUUAGAUUGCACGCCAUGUAUCCGUGAAACGAAACCAAAACGCGUCUAGUUCAUUCCUGAGAGAAUUCAAAAACGAAAUAAGUCUUAAGUGCUAAAUAGCUAUUGGAUUGGUUCACCGAUAGCGUGCACGGUAGAACUUGUUUCAUUGAGUAUGACAUUGCUUAGUGGCCCUUAUACACAGUCUUAUUGGUAAUAAAAUGGUUUUCAAUCAUCCACGCUACUGAGCUUCGCAGUCCUUGAAAUAAAGUGUGAUGAAACUGA